GGAGGAGGAGGAGGAGGACGCGGUUUCCUCUCCGCACGCGCCGCAGGAACACAGCGAACCGACUGGGAGGGAAAGCGCAAGCGGACGGAGAGAAAGGAAACCGAGCAGCGCGAGCAGCACUCCGACUCCUUUUGUUUGAUUGAAAAGCGGUGGAUCGGAGGAGCCCAAAACGAUGAACCAGCGAGCUCGGACGCGUCCUCGUGAUCUUUAAGAGCAGGGUUUUUGUGUUUCUGUCUCUCUCUCUGUGUGUGUGUGUGUGUGUGUGUGUGUGUGUGUGCUCGCAGGCUAAUUUUUUUUUGUAGGAUUAGGAGGAGGACGUUGAGGGGGGAAAAAAAAAUUCGCCCUUCCUUUGAGGUAGGAUAUGGAGCAUAGCAUUUAGCCUCCAUACUCCUCACUCCACGAGCCAAUUUCCAGCCGAAAACACGCGUCUUUUCCUUCGCGUUUGUUUUACCACCAUUGUUUGUUUGUUUAUGAUAUUUUCUCGGCACUUUGCUCCUUUUUAUCCGCAGAGGGGGUGUUUUUCCCCCCUCUUCCCGUGGCGCAUGCUACAGUAUAUUUUGCAAUCAGUCUCUUGCACUCUAGUGCGUUUUAGGCCUUGUGUAGCAGAUUGGACUCCAAUGUAACAUUAAAUCCGCAGCCGCGCUCAUGUACGCGUUCAUUAUCGCACCGUAGAUCCAAUCCGACUGGAAAUACGCUCUUCACCGACCGGGUUUAAAGCACAAGCGUCGGAUACAAUCGGAUUGAUAAUAAUAAUAAUAAUAAUAAUAAUUGUUACAAAAAAACAACAGUUAUUUAGUAGCGCGCUGAUAGGGGUUUAAAGGCGCGUGAGCGUGAUUGUGUGAAUAACAUAAUAAUAAUAAUAAUAAUAAUAAGUGGAAGAAGAAGCGAGCACAAGGGGAAAGGACGUCGACGCGUUUUCAAUGUUAAUGUCGACCGACGUUGCGUCCAUCAUGCUGCCCGUUAGUCGGGGACUGAUGGAGCGGGACAGCAGGGACUUGGAGGCGAACGCCAACCAGAACCCGCAGGCGCAGAACCAGAGCGCGAGCCCAAACCCGGUGCGGGGGAUGAAGCGUGGAGACCCGGAGCCUGACGGGCACGGAGCGGCUGCAGCUCCGCUCGGGGACUCGGUAGGGGCCGAGUGUAAGAGACCCCGCAUGGAGGGCGGAGGGGACAUGAGCCAGAACAACGAUCCACUCAACAUGGGCUUCCACGCAUACCCCUCAACCAGUCAGGGUUCUCAGGAUGCGAUGGGGGCUCAGGAAGGCCUCGUCCCCCCACCGUACUCGUCCUUCCCCCCUCCUCCCCCUCCGCCACCCCAGAACGGCUUGCCGCUGGACUUUGGAGGCAGCGGUAUUUACCCUGCAGGGGGCCAGGGGCAAGUGGAGGCGCCGGCGGGGAUCACUAACCCCCCCUCAGCCCCCAACACUCUCAACACACAAUUAACAGACGGCUCCCCCCAGGCCGAAGGCCAAGGUGUGUCCGGGAGCGGUUCAGGAGUAUCUGUGACCGAAGACUCCGUAGACGGGAAAGCGACCCCGAAACGUCUCCACGUCUCCAACAUCCCGUUCCGCUUCCGAGACCCCGACCUGCGCCAGAUGUUUGGGCAAUUCGGGAAGAUCCUGGAUGUGGAGAUCAUUUUCAAUGAGAGAGGCUCUAAGGGCUUCGGCUUUGUGACGUUCGAGAACAGCGCGGACGCUGAGAAAGCCCGCGAGAGACUGCAUGGGACGAUAGUGGAGGGCAGGAAGAUAGAGAACCUCUGUCUGUCUGUCGGCGGCCAGGUGAACAACGCUACAGCUCGAGUGAUGACCAAUAAGAAGCUGGUCAGUCCAUAUGCUAACGGAGAGGGACUCAGCGCUCUGCCUUAUGUAGCUGGGUGGAAGCUGAGCCCUAUGGUGAGUGCGAUGUAUGGGCCGGAACUCUACGCAGUUCCAGGGUUUCCGUACCCCACAGCUGCAGCGGCGGCAGCAGCCACUACAGCCGCCACCUUCAGGGGCGCUCACCUGCGGGGUCGCGGCCGGCCCGUUUACGGCACUGUGCGCGCAGCCAUACCGCAACCCGCCAUUCCAGCAUACCCAGGAAUAGUGUUUCAGGACUCUGUGGUUAGUAGCAGAUUGCCGCAGGGUGGUUAUGCGGCGUAUCGCUACGCCCAGCCCACCGCCGUAGCAGGUCCGACAGCAGCAGCAGCGGCGGCCGCCGCAGCAGCCUAUAGUGACAGUUAUGGUCGCGUGUAUGCGGCGGAUCCCUACGCUACAGCGCUAGCAGCCCCCGCGGCUGCCGCAUAUGGAGUGGGCGCAAUGGCCACCCUAUACAGGGGCGGAUACAGCAGGUUUUCUCCCUACUAAUCUCCCGAACCUCUCAGCUGCACCACCUCGCCCAAACUUUUACCAACAGCCAGUCUCUUAAGAGCCGGUUUUUUUUGUUUGUUUUUUUUUUUGUUUGUUUUUUUUGUGGACAAAACAAAAACGCACCGCUUAAGAAUAAAUACUUGAGAAAGGAAAGUACAUCACUACAAGUGGGUUUUUAAGAAAAGAAAAUUUGAAAAUAAAAUCAAAUCACAUACCUAAAAGUAACUUUACAAGACGAGCGAGACGCUGACUGAAGAAUUGCACGGCUGAAAAAAAAUAAAAUAAAAUAAAAAUGUAUUCUUUCCUAUCCUUUGGCACGUUUCUCUGCACAUAUGCAUGCAGUAAUGGCUCUAGAGGAACGGUUCUAGCGGCCAGCAAACUCCACGUGCACAGAGAGUCUGGACUACAACGGACAAAGUUUGUACAUCGCUCUUCAGAGUAUCACACUACACUAUACCUAGCCCUAUCGAAGAAUCCUGCCCACACCACCGCGUUUGACCGUCAGAGGACACGGGCCACUCGAGCCACCAACAAGUAGAUCCCGCACGUUCUUUCGUAGAGGACCCGAGAAAUCACGACACGAAAGGAAGAUGACUGUUUGAAGAGGUGUGUUGUUGGGUUUUUUUUUUUCCGUUUUCUUUUUCUUUCUUUCUUUCUUUUUUUUUUAAUCUCAUGAGGAAAGAAAAGACUGGGAUGUAAAACGAAACUGACAGCUGUUACGGACCGGCGGGAUUUUCCGCACGCAUAUGGGACGAUGUGUCAUAAAUAUAACCUACAGAAAACCUUGCUUAGAAUAAAUUUUUUUGUUCGUUUGUGUUAAAACGACCUCCUGCUUUCGAGGUCUUUUUGAAAAGACGUACCUUUACAGUUAAUUAGUAACAAUAUGCAAAUAAACUAGAGUAGAACAAAAAUGUUACCAAACUUCAUUAUUAUUAUUAUUAUUAUUAUUAUUAUUAUUAGACCAUUUCUUUAACAUGCCGUCCCUGUGACCUCUUGGCUCCUAUUUAAACAUGGAGGUUAAAUUAUAAAAUUAUCAAAAUGUAACAGUAUAUGUAACACACGGUUAAGUUUAGCGGGGGGGGGGGGGGGGGGGGGGCAACGCACACUAAGGAUUUUUAUACAGUUAGUUAAGGCCCUUAUUGGAUUUUGGGACCUUUUUACAAGAAUCGUGCUGUCAAAUAUGCAACUUGCCUCAUUUCACAACAGGGUGUGCAGCAAGUGUAAACUUUGGAUUGUUUUGUUUUUUUUAAAAAAAAAAAAAAAAAAAAGAAAACGCUAAGCUACAUAGUAUUUUUUUUUCCCUUGCUUCUCUACAUGUAUUUACUCUUAUCUUCUGAAUAUUGAUAUUAUGUCUUAUGAAUUUUGGUUCCAAAGAUUUUGUGAAGCACAUUUUGUUUGUUUUUGGUUUUUUUUGCUUAUAUGUAUGAGCCUAUGGUAAUUUCUGUUAUUUGCCUUGUUUUAUUUUUGUAUCAAUAGAUUUUACUGUUUGAUUUUUGAAGUGACUUUAAAAAAAAAAAAAAAAAAAGAAAAGAAAAGAAAAAAGCGGUUUGAAAUGAAAUGGAUCUUGCAGUGUCUGCUGUGCCAUCGACAUCCAGUUUCCAGCGUAAUUUAUUAACAAACCUAUCAGUCGAAUAUAAGCAGGUUAUUCUGUGGUCAGGAUUUAUCCGUGUACGUGCUUCGUUCCGAGUCGUGUAUCAGUACUUCCGUGCCGGAAUGUUGGAAAAGCAUGAAACCUGAACUACUGGGUAUUUAAUUGUGUAUGGAUUCACCCGUCUAAAACUGAUUCCAGCUGUGUUGCUUAUCAACAGUCAACACUUAUACUGUAAGUAAAUAUAGAACACAUUUCAUACUUUAAGCUUUUUAGUUGAACCCCACGCUUUUUUUUUUUGUUUGUUUGUUUGUUUGUUUUUUUUGGUUGUUGUUGAUGAUGUUUUUUUAUUUGUGUGAUAUAGGGGUUGAAUUAUAUUCCACUGUUCCGAGUCCUGGAAGUGGAACGUGUAUUAAGGUUUAAGGAAUUUCCCCGCCUCUCUCUGAAAGCUCUUUGAGAUGGAAGGGUGUUAACUGUUUUUGCUGUCCAUUAGGUACUUUGCAGCCUAUGCACUACAUUUCUCAGUGUUAUCAAUGAAAUUAGGACAUCAUUUAACUGCGAUCAACCUCCCCCUUUGCCUUGACUCUUCCAAGUUCUGUGUCGGAUAAAUAAGGAUGGAUUUGUCCAUUGUUUGCAGCUUUCCUAUGUGUAUAGUGGCUAAAAUACUACUGUUAAAACAGUAGUCUAAAGGCCAGACAGGACUAGACUCAUCUCAGUCUGGUGAUAUUUAUUAAUGAAUUACAUCCCGCGAAUCAAACCGGGAUUGGAAUUUGCGGCUCUGGUCGAAAGUUCCUCCAAAAAAAAAAAAAAAAAAAAAAACCCGGCGAAGGGCGUGUGAGUCUAGAUUUGUUGGAUCAUCUUAUAGAGCACAGGUUUCCAGUAACGUCCAGCUGUACAGUCAGGAUGGGAAAGAAACAAGCUGCCUCCUUCGGCAGCGUCCCAAUCCUAUCCUAUAAUCUCCUUUCCAUCUUUGCACAUUUAUUAUAUAAUACAUGUUGUGCAUAUUAUCCUUUAGUUUACAAUGUGAGUGUGUUUUGGUUUUGAACUCUUCCUCUCUGCAUACUCAGAUGCCAUUUGUGAUGUAAUUUGUAUCUGAAUGUCCAUAUAAACUGUUUUUUUUUAAAAUAUAUGCACAAACGAG